AUGCCGAUCCUGGGACUUGGAGUAUUUGAAAAUGAUGAUUGUUAUCCGGCGUGUUGUACUGCAUUGAAACAUGGAUAUCGGCACAUCGACACAGCUGAGUAUUAUCAUAAUGAGGUUGAAGUUGGUCGUGUGGUGCGAGAAAGUGGGAUCCCGAGAGAAAAUAUCUUCGUUACUACUAAGAUUUACCAUCCAGAACACGGAUAUGACUCAACUUUGGCUCAUGUUGAGGAAUCACUUGCAAAGUUCCAAUCCUCAUACAUUGAUCUCUACUUAAUACACUCUGCUCUAUCCGGUACCGAGAAGCGCCUUCAGACCUAUCGCGCAUUACUUGAGAAACGUAAUGCUGGAAAGAUCGAAACUGUCGGUGUUUCCAAUUAUGGUAUUCACCACCUUGAAGAGAUUAGAUUGGCUGAGUUGGAGACACCCGCUGUGAACCAGAUUGAGCUGCACCCCUUCUGCCAACAAAAACCGAUUGUCGAGUAUUGUCAUGCUCGGGAGAUUGUCAUCCAGGCUUACUGCCCUUUGAUCCGUGGCGACUUCUCUCAUCCAGUCAUCCAGGAAGUCUCGCAAAGUACUGGAAGAACGCCUGCGCAGGUCCUAAUUAGGUGGUCGCUCCAGCACGGUUUCGUCCCUCUUCCAAAAUCGGCCAACCCAGAUAGAGUAAUUUCGAAUGCUAAUAUAUUUGACUUCUCGCUUUCUGACGAGGAUAUGGCUAAGCUUGACAGACUUGACAAAGGUAGAGACGGGUGCAUAACAUGGAAUCCUGUGGAUUGCUUGUGA